CAAUAAAAACGAUGAAGUUGUAUAGAUUUAUUAGUACAACCGCAGCUAGAUUGAGAACUAUAAAAGAUCCUAAAUUACCUGGACUAUUCUAUCAUCAACAACAACCGCACCGCUGGGCAGUUAGUCUACUUGAUAAACUACCAGAGAACACUCCAAGUAAAUUAAUAUGCGGCUAUCUCAACUCUGAUAAUCCUGAAUCCAGCCAACUAUAUAAAUCACUUGAACAAAACGAUGAGUUCAUUAAUUUCUUACAUAAAGUUGUAGAGAAGAACUUUACAAAAGAUCAGCAUGUUAUUCAAGAUGCUUUCUUUAGAGGUGAAGGAUGGAUUCCCGUUAUGGAUGAACGCUCCCCUCAAACAUUAGGUAGAGCAGGUGACCCUGAUGACUAUCUUGGUAUGGUUUUAGUAGAAGAAGGUGGGAAGAUAAACCCUUCGACUUAUGAACGUACACCUACAUACAGACUAGCAACACGUGAUAACGGCUUCAUGAAGCUUUCACCAGCACUUGAUAAGGCAUUACGUGAGGCUUUGAAGAGUGAAACGAGUUAAACAUAUAGAAACACACUGCAUAUAUUACAUCACCACCACUUGCACGCCUAUU